AGUACAGCCUCCAGGAUAGCCUGCCUCCAUGCUGGAGGUAGAGCUGGGCUGCAGUCAAGGUAGAGGAGCAUUCCCCAGAAUCCAUAGGGUUUCUCAAUUGGCUGCUAAAUAGGGAGACUGGGGUGUGAGGUGUGGGUACGAAAGGAACAAAUACCAGGUAUAACACUCUUGGCACCCACUCAAUGCCAGCUGUGCCUUGGGGGACCAGAUCAGCUCAGCUUUGGGUCUCCUGCCCUUUUGCACCAGCUGUCCUGAUUGGUUUACUGAAUGUUCCCAGCCUGCCCCAGACUGGACCAGGCUUCGCAUACCAUCUAGCCAUCCACCCUAUUGGGGCUCCUUGGAAAUUGAGGAAUGCGAUUCUGCCACCAUGAUGGAAGGAUUGAAAAAACGUACAAGGAAGGCCUUUGGAAUACGGAAGAAAGAAAAGGACACUGAUUCCACAGGCUCGCCAGAUAGGGAUGCAAUCCAUCCCAGCCCACACGAACCACCCUACGAUAGCAAAGCAGAGUACGCACGUGAAGGAGGAAAAAAAGUAUCGAAGAAAAGCAAUGGCGCCCCGAAUGGAUUUUAUGCAGAGAUUGACUGGGAAAGAUAUAACUCUCCUGAGCUCGAUGAAGAAGGCUACAGCAUCAGACCAGAAGAACCCGGCUCUACCAAAGGAAAGCGCUUUUAUUCUUCAAGUGAAUCAGAAGAGGAGGAAGAAUCACACAAGAAGUUUAAUAUUAAAAUUAAACCUUUGCAAUCGAAAGACGUCCUCAAGAGCGCAGCUACCGUCGACGAGCUGAAGGCGUCUAUAGGCAACAUUGCUCUUUCUCCAUCACCAGUGGUAUCUGUUCUCUCUUCCUUUUUGCUGAUCACAGAGGCGAAGCCCGGUGAAGAGGUAGCAAGACCCCGACGCUCAACACCCACACCAGAGCUUAUAAGCAAAAAACCUCCAGAUGACCCAAUGGCACUGGCCCCGCUCUUUGGUCCUCCAUUGGAAUCGGCAUUUGAAGGGCAGAAAUCCGAAGUUCCUUUAGAUCAGCCUGAGAUAUGGGGUUCUGUCCAACCAAUGAAUCCAAGCCUCGAGUCUCCAAAGUUAACAAGACCUUUUCCCACUGGAACACCUCCACCUUUGCCUCCUAAAAACGUACCAGCAACCCCACCCCGAACCGGCUCUCCUUUGACAGUGGGACCAGGCAGUGAACAGACCCCACACGAGGUCAAAGGUGAGAAACUACCAUCCAUCAGUGAUUUGGACAGCAUUUUUGGCCCAGUUUUGUCCCCCAAGUCUGUGGUCGUUAACACAGAAGAAAAGUGGGUCAAUUUUUCUGAUGCAUCCCCGGAACGGGUCACUCCAGAGUUGACUUCAAGGGAAAAGGUGGGGUCCCCACCGCUGGUGUCAGAAAACCCAACUGACUCCCCAGCUGUUGACCCUCCACGAAGCAUUCCAUCGCCACUUGAUUUAGAAGAGGUUCAGAAGAAGUUUUCUGAGCAGACCCUCGGAAAAGAUGAUAACUUAGAAACAGUCGCAUCUCCUAAAGAUUUUGGGGUGGGCCAAAGAGCUACACCACCUCCCCCUCCACCACCCACCUACCGGACUGUGGUAUCGUCACCCGGACCCAGCUCAGGCAGUGGGACGGGAACCGCCAGCGGAGCAUCAUCCCCAGCCCGGCCUGCCACCCCAUCAGCCCACGGCAGCAGUGGGACCACACCACCACCUCCUCCUCCUCGGCCUCCAUCUAGACCCAAGCUGCCUCCCGGGAAGCCCGGGAUGGGAGACAUGUCCAGACCUUUUAGCCCUCCCAUACAUUCUUCGAGCCCUCCUCCAAUCGCACCCCUUGCUCGAGCAGAGAGCACAUCAUCAAUAUCGUCCACCAACUCCUUGAGUGCAGCUACGACACCUACUGUUGAAGAUGAUGUUUUUAAUGGCAAGCUCCCUUCGUUUGAAAGGCACGGUGAAACGCCUGAAGAGAAUGACCAGCCUUCCCUCGUUUGGUUUGACAGAGGAAAGUUUUAUUUGACUUUUGAAGGCUCUUCUCGGGGACCCAGCCCUCUAACAAUGGGAGCUCAGGACACCCUCCCUGUGGCAGCAGCAUUCACAGAAACAGUCAAUGCCUAUUUCAAAGGAGCAGACCCCAGCAAGUGUAUAGUGAAGAUCACUGGAGAGAUGGUGCUGUCAUUCCCCGCAGGCAUCACCAGACACUUUGCCAACAACCCCUCCCCAGCCACCCUGACCUUCCGAGUGGUGAAUUUCAACAGGUUAGAACACGUCCUGCCAAACCCCCAACUUCUCUGCUGUGAUGAUGCACAAUGUGAUGCCAACACGAAGGAAUUCUGGGUAAACAUGCCAAAUCUGAUGACUCACCUAAAGAAAGUAUCUGAGCAAAAACCGCAGGCAACAUAUUAUAAUGUGGACAUGCUCAAAUAUCAGGUGUCUGCCCAGGGUAUUCAGUCCACUCCGCUGAACUUGGCGGUGAACUGGAGGUGUGACCCAGCGAGCACCGACCUACGCAUCGACUACAAGUACAACACAGACGCAAUGACCACCCCAGUCGCCCUCAACAACGUCCAGUUUCUCGUCCCCAUUGAUGGUGGAGUCACCAAACUUCAAGCGGUGCUGCCCCCUGCUGUUUGGAAUACUGAACAGCAAAGAAUAUUGUGGAAGAUCCCUGACAUCUCUCAAAAAUCAGAAAAUGGAGGGGUGGGUUCUUUGCUGGCGAGAUUCCAGUUAUCCGAAGGCCCUAGCAAACCUUCUCCGUUGGUCGUGCAGUUUACCAGUGAGGGGAGCACCCUUUCUGGCUGUGACAUUGAGCUGGUGGGAGCAGGCUACCGGUUUUCGCUCAUUAAAAAAAGGUUCGCAGCAGGCAAAUACCUGGCAGAUAACUAACAGAACCUUAUGCAAGCAUAUGGAGAGCCCAUAUCACGGAGGACUGUCAUACAUGGAACAGGUUUUUGUUUGGGGUUUAAUGAAAACAAAGUAAAACCUGCCUUGGGGACAUUUCUGCUGGAAGCGUCCAUUACUUUCAGCGACCUUUCUCCCUCCGUGGACAACACCGUGUUGAGACCAGUCCCACAGUAUUUACUUCUAGGUGUAACAUUGUUAAUGGUUUUAAAAUGUAAUUAUUGUAUUUGUAAAUUGUACUCAUUCCCGUAAGACUGUAUUUCAGGCGGUUAGACAAACUUGAGUUUUAGCAUUUGACCAUUCACGAAAUGGGUGUAAUUUAAACUAUGGUAUAUAAAUUUACUAGUAGUCCUGUUGAUUGGCACAAGGCUUACAGAAAUAGAUUGCAUUUUGUCAAUAUAUAAAGUUUAAAUACAAUACUGGUAGCGGCUUUCAAAGGGGGUGCCUCAAGCACAGAAGGAUUCACAGCUUUCCUUUUCUCCUCCGGUCCUUACCAUGUCUUAUUCUAUAGUGUGAAAUUAAAAGUUCUACCUUCCAACAUUUAGUGGGGUUCAAUUUAAAAAUAUUUCAGUAAAUUCUAAGGCUACAACAUAUUUAAAGAAGGCAAGAUGUACCACUUUUUAACCGCUUUUUUUUCAAACUGCAAAUUUCAUAAAAAUGCACGCCAUAUAAACAGGGCCUCUUAUUUUUAUAAUAUAUAAAAAAGGGGAUAUUUAAAGUUAAAAUUAUGAAACUAUGAUUGAGAUUCCAGAGGAUGCUGGGAUCUGGGUCAUUUCCCUAUACUCACCACCUCUCCCCCAAACUGGGCAGAUAUGGAGAUUCCUGAAGAAUCAGGCAGUUUUACUGUGAUUUUAAGAUGAUGAGAAUUUCUUGAGCUCUUUAUUAAGGAUUGCUACCUGAUUGUGGAUGUAACUGUUUCUGAAACUCUGCAGGUUGAACUGACCUGCAUCGGUUGUUCUAUUCCCCUACGUGGAGGCUGUCAGUCUUUGAGUGAGUUCUGAAGUCCCCUGCAUCCAUCUGAUGGGAGAAUGUUGAUUUGCAGCUUAAAAGUCUUUUGGGGAACGGGGAAAACCAAGUCAGGCUGUAUGGCUGAAGUUGUCUGAAAUAAAUGUCCUCUCCGAUGAACAAAAUGUUCUUUAAAAAUCUGAAUUACUGUAAACUAGAAACUCUUGCCAUUCCUUUGGAACCAAUAAGAUGGGUGCAAGCCACAGUUCCUGUCAUUGACCUCCAUUGCCAUGAGGCAGAAGGGGGGUGAGGGGAUGCAGUCCUCUAACCCUGACCAGCAAAAUGCAGGUUUCCAUAGGAGAAAUAUUUCUUGGGAUGCACUCCCUAGUAACUAUUGUCCAGUCUUUCUAUGGAAGAACCUGCCCUUCAACUCCUUGGCACACCACCCAGUUAGCAUUUAAAUACUUUUUUGGAGAGGUGGGGGGAUCUGUAUAUGUUAGUUCAUUGGUGAUGGGUAUUCCCCAUGUGGAUAUUCCCUUCACUGAUACUUCUCAGAAAUUCAUCAUUCUUAGGCUUUAUCUGGGGUGCUGAGAGUUUAAGGCCAUAGUCAUACAGUUAAUAUGUGUUGAAGGCAGGACUUAAACCAAAAUCAUCCUGGCUCCAAGGCCAGCCUUCUGUCCAAUAGAUUACACUGCCUUUCUCAGAUA